UGUUUUCAUGACAUUUCAUGGUUUCGGAAGUUCUAUAUUCUGUGGUUCUUGCAAGUAACAAUGCAGUGCCGCCCAUAGGCUUCUCUCAUCAGCCUAGUUGGCCAAAGAAUCACAGAGAAAUAUAUAUUUCUGCGACAGAACACCCAAUGACCUUGGAACAACUGUAACUAACUUAAUUGGCGCAGUCGGUCUGUCCGCUUUGCUGGUGCUGCUGGCGCCGUUAGGAACGGUCCGGCAGUCUUGAGUGCUCCUAACUUGCUUGGGUGAAUAAGCACAAUUUACAAUUGGCUGCCCAAUUAAAUGCGGUGGUCGUAUUAAUUUAAGUCUUUUCAAACUGUAUAUACUUUCGUGAAUCGCUUGUCGGCUGAGGAGGUUGCUCAGGAUGGACAGCGUUGUAAGUGUAAUUUUACCAGCAGCCGGUACAGGCGAAAGGAUGAAGAUGAAAGUGGCUAAACAAUUCUGUGAGGUGCAAGGAAAACCUGUGAUCUGUCACACAAUAAGCGCAUUUCUGCAAUACAGUUGGAUAUCGGAUAUCGUGGUCGUCUAUCCUCCAGACAAGCAUUCAUUAGUAUUCGGCGCUUUAAAGACCGCUGGUGUGCUGGAAAAGGUUGCACUUGUGCCUGGUGGAACGACGAGGCAUAGGUCAAUAAUGAACGGCAUGAAGCAUCUUGAGCAAGAUCCGCCGGACAUCGUGAUUAUUCACGACGCCGUUCGGCCCAUCGUACCAAGACUCGUUUUGGAGGAAGUUGUGCGGGAAGCAAAGCUCCACGGUGGUGCAGGGCCUGUUGUACCUCUUGUGUCAACAGUGCUGAAGAUUGACAGCAAAGGAUUCCUCGAGGAGUCGCUAGAUCGGUCCAGAUACGUUGCGAGUGAGACUCCGCAAGCAUUUCAGUACCACCUAUUGCUAAAAGCUUAUCAAAGGUGCACAGAAGAGGAUUACACCAACGGCACAGAGUGCCUUGCACUUUUGCAUAAACACUGUGGAGUAGCACCCAAGCUAGUUCCAGGAGCUGAUGAACUGUUUAAAGUUACAUACCGAAAAGAUUUGUAUGCUGCAGCUGGAAUGCUCCAGGGUGCACAGAGCACCUUACCUUAAAUACGAAACGUCAUGUUUGUGAUCUUAUUUUUUCAAUUGAUGAUGUGAUGUAAUUUGUUAUGGUGUUCUUAAUGCUCACAAAUGCCAAGUGACUGUAGAGACGCGGUUGCAAAAGAAAUCAUUUGACAGGAUUGCAUUGGACAUCAACAUGGUCAUUUUAUUCUUUAA